AUGUCCGACGAAUCUGAGAGGCUUGUGACCGCAGCUCAAACUGGCUCAUCAGCCAGUGACGAGAGCUGGCCGAUCAACUUGACCAGUACAUCAGGACCGCAAAGAAGCGAUGGUCAAAAUCCGCAUGCUUUUUCAUCGUUCGAGAGUGCCAUGUCCGCAACUGCCGAGCUGGAACUAAGCAAAGCUAUCGGUAAGGUCAGGAGGCUCAACCGUAAACGGAAAGACUUUUGGCAUCGUUAUAAUGAGCAUAAUGAGCUUCUAGACGGUAUAGAAGAUGAGCUCGAACGGUGGACGCAGGCUGGAGACAAGUUCAGGGAAACUCUUGAAUCUGCCCAAGCUCGUACACCUCAACAACAAGCUUUGAUUACCGAGUGGGACUCAUUAUCGCCGGAGUCAGCGGCGGUGGAGGAGUAUCCGAUCGACGAUUAUGAUUUCUCCGAACAGUAUAGACAGUUGCUACAGUUUGAUGCUGAAAGAACAAAACGUUUGGCCAGUGCCGCCAAUAAAGACGAUGGUGAUAAAGCAGUUUAA